UUUUUAAGACUUCUAUUUGGUGCAAAUGGUAUUUGGUAUUAUAUCAUUGUUGCUAAUGUUUUCCACAAACGCACUUGCAGUAUACACAUUUUAUCAUCAUCGUUAUAUUUUUAAACGUUUAGUUGCAUGUCUUUAUGGUGUUAUCGCUAUGUGUAUUGUUGUUACGAUCGAAAUAUUAACAAACAGCAUCACUGAAUGGAAUCGUUCUGUUGCGGAACAAGCUAAGAAUAUGGAAUGGGAUUAUUCAGUGGGUCAGACGACGGGUUUACCCACGUAUUUAGCUUGGACAUGUGUGCUUAUUUACCUGUUUGCUGCGAUUGCAUUUGCGCUCGGAUCGCAUAAACAUAAGGGUUCACGAGCGGCAACUGCCGAAUUCGAGAUUGAAGAUCGACCGAUUCACAUUGGACGAUGAUUCGCUGAUCUAAGACAUGAAUUUUAUCCAUUCUUUUAUACUCUCCGUAAUUGUUAUUUAUAAUGUUGUUUUUCGGAACAACUAGGUAAACUGAAUCUCAUUAAUAGGUGAACAAUAAAGCUUUCCAUCCAG